AUGUUCAGACUCCUUUGCAUUGGUUUGCCCCUGUUGGCGAGAGUGGCGGUGGCUGUCCCGGCUACACUCAGUGAACGAUGUGAUGCUCCGAACCCACCGGCGUCGUCACUCACUGAGUCGGUGGCAGCCAUCUCGAGCGGUCCUCUCCCGUUCGACACAGAGAUGGGCGAUGUCGAAACCGUCCACCGAGAGCCUUUCGAUGCGGUGCCAGUCGGCCCUGAGCCAGCCAGCUCAGGGGUCAGCAUCGAGCACGGACACGGCUCCGAGGUGGUGGGAUUCGGUCCCACAUCGCGAAAGAAAAACGUCGUCUACUAUGCUGACUGGAGCAUCUACGACGCAGCUUUCCUGCCUCAGCAGCUCCCAGCAGAGGACAUCACGCACUUGCUUUACGCAUUUGCGGGGAUCGAAGACGAUGGAUCUGUCGUCUCGAUGGAUCCUUGGGCAGAUGAAGAGAAGAUGCUCUCCGUUCCGGGCGGUCCUGGAAGAAACGAUACCCAGGGCCUCAACGACGUCCACGGGGCGGUGGAGCAGGUCUUCUUGCUCAAGAAGAGGCAUCGUCAUAUGAAGACGUUGCUGUCCAUUGGCGGCUGGAACAUGUCGCAAUCGGGCAAAUUCGCUCCUGUCCUCAACACGAACGAGGGCAGGAUACGCUUCGCCAAGACGGCGGUCAACCUGCUCGCCAACUGGGGACUCGACGGCAUCGACAUUGACUACGAGUACCCCAUCAACGAGCGCGAAGCCGUGGGAUUCGUCGACCUGCUGCGGGAGUGUCGAAAGGCCUUGGACGAGUACGCGAGCCUCCACAACCAGCGGUACCACUACCUCCUUACCGCUGCAGUGUCUGCCGCGCAGCAGCACUACAAGUGGCUCGACAUGCCCGCCAUCGACCGGUAUCUCGAUGCGUGGCACCUCAUGGCCUACGACUACGCCGGCAGCUGGGACGACCUGUCCGGGGACCAGUCCAACGUCUUCCACGACGCCACGAACCCACACAGGACCAGGGCCAACUCGGACCAGGCAGUCAACGACUACGUCGCCGCGGGCGUCAACCCCGAAAAGAUCAUCCUCGGCAUCCCCCUCUACGGCCGCUCGUUCAUGAACACGGACGGGCCUGGCAAGCCGUACGAAGGCGUCGGGAAGGGGUCGAUCGAGAAGGGCGUCUGGCUCUACCGCGACCUGCCGCGGCCCGGCUCCGUCGUCAACCUCAACCGGGACAUCAUUGCCGCCUACAGCUACGACAACGCCACCAGGGAGCUCGUCACGUACGACAACAUGGAGACGACGACGCUCAAGGCGGAGUACCUCGGCAAGAAGGGUCUCGGCGGCGCAGUCUUUUGGGAGGCGUCGGGCGAUCGCAGCGGCGACGAGAGCCUUAUCAAGGCGGUGGCUCGGAAGAUGGCCCUCCUCGACAUUUCCAUGAACAUGCUGAGCUAUCCUCAGAGCCAGUUCAGCAACAUUCGGAAUGCGACGAGGUGGUGA